AUGAAGUCUCUGAAAAGAUUGGGAAUGAGCACCAUCACCAUAACCACCACCACCAACAACAACAACCACAGUAUAACCAGUAUGAGCAAGGUUAUAAUAGACCUGCGUACCCAGAUCAGAACCGGAGAGAUGAGCAGUUUGGCAACGGUAACUACAAUAGAAGGGACGAGCAAUUUGAUAACAACAAUUACAAUAGAAGGGACGAACAGUUCGAUAACAGAAGAGACGAUGGGUACAAUAGGUUCGGCAACGGCAAUAACUACGGCAGGCCAGAGGGAGGACCAGGGUUCCAAGGCGACCGUUUCGACAACAACGGGCCGGACCGUCAAUUCGGCGGUGAUGGCGGACAAAACUACUACGGCAACCCUUCUAACAACCAGGACAACUACGGAGAUCGCAACUGGUAACUGCAACAGCUGUAAGCCCCCUUCAUAUAUAUCUAUAUACUUUGUAAACGUGAUUAUUGUACCUUAUGAUGAGAUAAUCCGAUGA